UCGGAUGCCGGUUGUGUCAGUCGUUGACCUCCAUGCAGUUACGAUCACCAAUAUUAAAGUAAGUGUUUCGGGUGCAGGCGACAGUAGGGAGAGAGUACGUCGUUACUAUGCCGACUACACUUUUGACAGUGCUUGCCCCAUUACCAAUGCCACUUUUGCAAAUCAAGAAAUGGUAUUUGAAACAAUUGGACGGGAUGUGAUAAGCAGCGUCUCAACAGGAUGUUCAGUUUGCGUACUUGCUUACGGUCAGAGCGCUACAGGCAAGACACAUACCAUGAUGGGUACCGAGAGUCAACCCGGUCUUAUACCUCGGCUGUGCACUGCUCUAGCCGAACUGAAGCCUUUUGAUCUUACUGUCAGUUUCUUGGAGAUAUACAACGAACGAGUACACGACCUACUGGCAGGCGAGGUCGCGGUCACUUCUUGUCACUCUUUGCCACGGCGUCGGGGCAACGCGCGCAAAGAUCUGCGUGUGCGGGAGCAUCCGCACAGAGGACCUUAUGUUCAAAAUCUUCGGAGGGUUGCAGUACACGACGUCCAAACCCUACUCACAUUGGUGAACGAGGGUAACCAUAGGCGAAGAACAGCUGCAACUCGUCGUAAUCCAACCUCGUCCAGAUCGCACGCGUUGCUGGAAUUAAGCACUUCCACUGCUACUCUACACCUCGCUGAUCUUGCUGGAAGCGAAAAGGCGAGUUGGGAGGGCUGUGGUGGUGGCAGACAGAAGGAAGGAGCAAACAUAAACAAAUCUCUAGUUGCGCUUAGUAACGUCAUAUCCGCUCUUGUGAGUGGAGGCGCUGGGCGUAGUAGGUUUGUACCGUAUCGUGACUCUGCUCUCACUUGGUUGCUGAAGGACUGCUUUACAGGAGGCGCUAGCACUUUUAUUAUUGCAACUGUGUCUCCGAGUGUCGCUUGUUACGGGGAGUCUGCGUCCACACUUCGUUGGGCCGCACACGCUCGUCAGUUGCCAACCCCAAGAAUUAUUCACACUGAACCCAAUACUGUCACCCGAGCUGCCUUGCAGGCGCAGUUCAACCAACUCUUAAUUGAACUUACCAGAAACUAUAUUAAAUAUGUACCAGAAAUAGGCAAAAUAAUUUAUGAUGAAAAGCAUUGGGGAUUAACAGUAAAUAAUUUAGAUGUCGAUGAGUCACAUAAAACUACAAAAAUAGGUAACAUUAUGAACUCAUCACAUCCGAAAACAGACGCUCAAUCAGAGUCGACGACUUCAUCGGUCGCUAGCGGAAGUUCGGAUGUAAUUAACACGAUAGAUAAAAACCCAGACAUAGUUCAUGCAAUUAGUAAAGAAGUUGACAUCUUAUUCGCUCCGACACUAGAAAGAACGAAUAGUGGCAGUAAUUUAAAAGUAAUUGCUCCACUUAGACAUAAACGUAGACAGUAUAGAUCACAGGAAGUUUUGCCUAUAGAUGAAAAUUUACGAGAUCACAGCCAAAGUUUGGCUAAUGCGUUACCAAGUCAAAGUGAGAAUGAAAUAAAUGCCAUAAAUAACAAGGGAACUGAAAAACAAACAGCAGCUUCAAUUCCAAUUCUUUAUGAUAGUCAAAGAGCGGAAAUAGUAGCAUCAGUUACAGAGAGGUUGUAUUCAAAGUUAAAAAAGAAGGAAGAAGCGGCUGUUUCGAAAAUGGAAUCGAUUGUAGAUAAAAGAAUUAUGGAACCCCUAAGUGAAUUAAGGAUUUGUACAAAUGCUCGCCAGCGCUUCAUUGAUUUGAGUCAAAAACCCACAAGAAAUAAAAGAAGAAUAGGAAUACCCGCUCAUACGCAGACGAGAAUAUCUGUUACUCGGGUAAAAGAUCAAGGAAUUGAUAUUCAAACCGAUUUAGAAGCAUAUGUUUAUAAGAAUAGAGAUUUUUAUGCACUACAACGUGAUGCAGCUACAGAAACCGAACCAAUAACACCGCGUUGUAAAGAAAUUGCUGUUGGGUCCAAUUAUGGGUACAUAACUUUUAGGGACAAGUCAACUUUAACAGAAAAUAAAAAAAUAGUUUAUAUAAACUCACAGGUAAUGACCGAUAAGAUAUUGACAUAUAAUCGUUCGACACAAACUCCUUUAGUACCACCACCAAGAAAGAAAAAGCGCAUAUCAAACCUUUCUAGAUACAUAAAAAAUAUUGAAAAUAAAAAAAAUUGUACUGAAGAAUAUAGCCUAACCCCAGUAAUUAAUAUUAAUAUAUCUCAGUCAUAUCCGACAGAUCCAGAAUCUCAAAGUUCUGAUGAUAAUUUAGGUAAAUCUCAAAACAACAAGGGUAUAUCUCAUACAUUGGAGAUACCGAAAGUAACACCAACUCCAGACUUGUUAACUAAUCACAGUGCUCUUGAUACAAUUAAUAACAGUUUCAAGGAGGUCGAAGAAGAGAACAAUACAACUUGUGCUUCUAAUGUAAAUAGUGUACUAACCGAUGACAAUGCACAUGGCAGAGUAAACCAGUCAGAAACAAAAGCAAAUGACGAAUUUCCUGAUUUUGAAGAAUGUGCACUACCAAAAGUAUCUAUAGAUGCUACAAGAAAAAAAUAUAACGAAGAAAUAAGAGACAUGAUACUGGGACGAAAUAAAAAUAUGUAUCCUUAUAAUAUAGUGCUUUCACCUCUUAGAGAUACUUCAAACUCUAAUAAAGUUGUAAAAUUUAAGGACGUUGAUGAUUCCUUUGAGAAACCACCUCAGACAAGGCGGAUAUGUGAAAAUAAAAUCGACGAAACCUGUAAAUCUAAUAUUAGUUCCGAUACAACAAAUUCAGAUAAAGAAUAUAAUGAACCCGAAACAGUUUACAAUAGUAUCAUAUCUGAUUCCAUAGAAUCAAGUAAAACUGAAACAGACUCAUUUAUUUGGAGAAACGAUAUUAGGAAUCAGCAUAACAGAACAAAUUACUUGAGAAGUUACGCACCUGUAUAUAAACUUCAAUCACGGUAUAGAACAGCUAAAGCGAAAUUUUAUAAAGAAUUUCUAGGUCUAGAAGACACAACUGAUACAGAUACGGACUCUAUAAAAUGUUCGUGUGAGAAGUCAAACUUUUAUAAAUAUUCUGGAGAUAAAGAUGAAAGAUCUAAAUUUAAACACAAAUUAUCUCAGAAAGAAAAAAAUCCUGAAAAUACUUGCUUCUCUUCUUUGAAAUACAAUACUGAUAAAGACGAUUUUUCAAAUUAUGAUUGUGGUAUAUUAAAUUCUUGUAAAGAUUUAGAAAUGUCUGUUAAUAGGUAUGAUAGUUAUUUAUCGUCUUUUCCUAAUAGCAGUAUUAAAAAAGAUAAGCUGACUGUAGAUAUUCCAACACGAACUCCCACAGAAUAUUUACAUCAUUUGGUUCAACUGAGAAGAGAGGUUAUUCAAGCAGAUUAUGAAACGGAUACUUCUUCAAUAUUUGUAUCUCGGAAAUAAUAUAGGUACUGGAUAUAGCUUUUACACUCUCUAGUACCUCUCUAUUAUAUAUUUAUGGAGAGUAUUAAACAUAAUGAAUAUUAUUAUUGCAACAUUAUUGUAAGUAACUUAUUAUAACAAUUUUAGCACUUACUAGGUUUUAUUCUAUUUACACUAAUGAGUGGUAAACAAGUUAACGCCUCACCAUAUGAAUAUUAGCCUGUGUGUGUGGUAUUGUGGUGUAAUUGCAUAAAUAUACCAUACGUUCCAACGACAAAUAUUUAGGUAUAAGCUGUUUGGUUAAAUAUUUAUUCAUACUGGUGUUAUUUAACAUGAUAGCCUUCUCCUCUAUUUACUAUGUUCCAUUCGAUAAAUCUUGUACAACAAAAUUAAGGAGGUGCUCGUUUCUAAUAACCUUUAAUUACUACACGUUCAAUAUAAUUUUAAGUUUAUCCAGAAACUGAUGUAUCACUAAUAAAUUAAUCACUAUAUUAUAUAAUAAAUGUAUAAG